UGUGUGUGAGCUCAAAGGGUGAGGAGAUAGAAAGCUGGGUGUCAGUGCCCACCUUCAAGACUGCGUUGCACGUCCCUCUGGACUGUUGCUCGACCAGCUGGGAAAUUUAACUUUGAGAGUUCUGCAGUUUCUUCAGGUGAUCAUGAACAUCCUACAAGUCCUGGGUCUCCUGCAGCUGCUUGCUGUACCGGCUUUCACUUUUACACAACCAACCCAUGACUACUGGGGAGAGUUUGGAGCCUAUGGGCCCUGCAGUCGUACCUGCGGCACAGGAGUGGCAAUGAGGACCAGGAAAUGUAUCACUUCAAGGACUGAUGGAGGACAUAACUGCUUAGGAUCCCCCAAAGCCUAUCGCACCUGUAGUACGCAUGCUUGUCCUGUUGGAUCCAGGGACUUCAGGGAGGAGCAGUGCUCCCAGUUGGACAGAACGGACUUUCAGAGCAAACAACACUCGUGGGUGCCUUAUUAUGGAGCAUCCAAUCCCUGUGAGUUGCAUUGUGUCCCAAGGGGGGCAAACUUUUUCUACAGACACAGACCUGCAGUCGUGGAUGGGACGCAGUGCUACGUAGGCCGCACCGAUAUCUGUGUGGAUGGUGUCUGCAGGAUACUGUCCCAUGGAGAGUUUAUGGGCUUGGAUGAAGACACAAAUUCUGUACACUCGGCUGCUCCUGUUGUAGUUGCUCCUCACCCAAGAGAGACACUCUCAUACUUCUACAAAACUGGUGUGUAUGGAGAGUGCUCUGCUGCCUGCGGUGGAGGCAUGCAGUAUCGCAGCAUUGAGUGCUGGGUUCAGGACUCUGCCAACCCCCGUGUGGUGGAAGAGUCUUACUGCAUUACCCAGCGCCUGCAGAGACCGCAGAGCCAGCAGGCCUGCAACAUGCACGCCUGUGCUGCUGAGUACAGCGUGUCCAGCUUCAGUGUGUGCUCUGUGACUUGUGGAGAAGGGCAGCAGACAAGGGAGGUGUUCUGCGUGGGGUCAAGAGGUGAACGCCUUCCUGAAAGCGCCUGCAGUGGAUUGGCCAGACCUGCUUCUGUCCAGACUUGCCGCAGACCUGCCUGCCAUACGCACAUCACCUGGCACGUGACCGACUAUGGACUGUGCACCAGAAGCUGUGGUGGUGGUGUGAGGGAGAGGAGAGUGGGCUGUUUUGAUACAGAUCUGAACCCCUACCCAGAGGCCCGCUGUGGAGCAGCUAGCAGACCAGUCUCUGUGGAAUCAUGCAACUCACAGGCCUGCCCCGGAGCACAAUUGGUGCCAAGUGUGCAGGAUCCAAGGGCACACGAAAGCACUGUGAGAGGAUUUGUGCCCCACGUUCCAGGAGAACCCUAUGCGUCCAGGCCACAUACAAACAUCGUGUACGAUCCAUACCCUUCUGUGAUUACUCCUCACUGUGCUCAGUCAUUCUAUGGCUGCUGUCCAGACGGCCAAACCUCUGCUAGAGGGCCCCAUGGCGAGGGCUGCUCCCAAGAUGACUGUGUCCGCUCCAGAUACGGCUGUUGUUUGGAUGGCGUGACCCAAGCUCAAGGAUUUGGAAGAGUUGGAUGUCCUGAGUACCGGCCAACUGUGCAGUACACCCCGGCUCCUGUCCCUCCAUCCACUGGUGAUGUGUGUCUCUUUCCCCGUGACGAGGGCCCUUGUGACACUUGGAAGGUCCGCUACUACUAUGACUCAGUUGCUGGCAAAUGUACCGAGUUCUGGUUUGGAAGCUGCCAGGGCAAUGGCAAUAACUUUAUGUCCCUGGAAGCAUGCCAGAGACAGUGUGGGAGCACCCCACCUCCACCUCGCAGAGAGACCCCCAGGAGAGGGCCACCCAGGGGUGCCCUGAGGGCAAGGGCAUAACCAUAUGUUCCCUUAUUGCCUACAAAUCUUGAAAAUAAUACAGUGUCAUCUCUAUGAAGUUAAUCAUGUGAUUUUUUUUACACACAUAAUAUGUACAUACCUGAGAUCAUGCACUAACAUGUUAUGAAAAACUCACCACAUAGGCCUACCUUUCUUUUAAACAGGAAUUUA